AUGAAUUCUUUCAAAUUUAAAAACUCCACCGCCGGUGCAAGUUUGCAGAGCGCGGCUAACAUAACCUUGAGGCAAAUUCUGGAGCCCAGCACUGUGGAUUUACGCUCCAAAAAAACGCACAUUGUUUGUACUUUGGGCCCAGCUUGCAAGUCGGUCGAAACGCUCGUGCAGUUGAUAGACGCAGGAAUGAACAUUUGCCGAUUCAAUUUUUCCCAUGGAUCACAUGAAGAUCACAAGGAAAUUUUCAACAACGUAUUGAAGGCCCAGGAGCAGAGGCCAAACGCCUUAUUGGGUAUGUUGUUAGAUACGAAAGGCCCCGAAAUUAGAACGGGUCUUCUAAAAAACAAAGAAGCGCAUUUAAAGGAAGGAAGCAAAUUGAAGUUGGUUACUGAUUAUGAUUUCCUCGGGGAUGAAACUUGCAUUGCUUGUUCAUAUAAGAAGUUGCCACAGAGUGUAAAAAAAGGAAACAUUAUUCUAAUUGCCGAUGGAUCCGUUAGCUGUAAAGUGUUAGAAACGCACGAUGACCAUGUGAUAACCGAAGUGCUAAAUUCAGCUACCAUUGGAGAAAAGAAAAAUAUGAAUUUGCCAAAUGUUAAGGUCGACUUACCAGUCAUUGGAGAAAAAGACAAAAAUGAUAUUCUCAACUUUGCCAUCCCCAUGGGUUGUAAUUUCAUCGCAGCUUCGUUUAUUCAGUCUGCAGAGGAUGUCAGGAUGAUUAGGAAUUUGCUAGGCCCUAGAGGAAGGCAUAUUAAAAUCAUCCCAAAGAUAGAGAAUAUUGAAGGAAUUAUUAACUUCGACAAAAUUUUAGCUGAGUCUGAUGGAAUUAUGAUUGCUAGAGGAGACUUAGGAAUGGAAAUUUCUCCGGAGAAAGUUUUCCUUGCUCAGAAGCUGAUGAUUUCCAAGUGCAACUUGCAAGGAAAGCCAAUCAUAACUGCCACCCAGAUGUUAGAAUCCAUGACGAAGAACCCAAGACCAACAAGAGCCGAAGUGACAGAUGUAGCCAACGCUGUGUUAGACGGAACCGAUUGUGUCAUGCUUUCAGGAGAAACUGCUGGUGGAAAGUUUCCAGUGGAAGCUGUAACAAUUAUGUCGAAGAUUUGUCUAGAAGCCGAAGCAUGCAUUGAUUACAAAUUGUUAUACCAAUCAUUGGUAGGUGCCAUACAGACCCCGAUAAGUGUACAAGAAGCUGUGGCUAGGUCAGCCGUAGAAACAGCAGAAUCUAUCGGUGCAGCUUUAAUUGUAGCCUUAACCGAGACAGGAUAUACUGCUAGAUUGAUAGCUAAGUACAAACCAAGCUGCACUAUCCUAGCUCUUAGCGCUUCUGAUUCCACCGUUAGGUGCCUGAAUGUACACAGAGGAAUCACGUGCAUUAAAGUGGGAUCAUUCCAAGGAACCGACAACGUCCUCAGAAAUGCUAUUGAAAUUGCCAAAGAGAGGAACCUAGUUAAAGUGGGAGAUAGUGUCAUAUGCAUUCACGGUAUUAAAGAAGAAGUCGCCGGAGCUACCAACUUGAUGAAAGUUGUCCAAGUGGAUUAA